AUGGCUCCUCGCAAGCCUCGCUGCAAUUUCAAGGAAUGCAAGGAAGCCGCUCAGCGGAUUGUCGGGGACUGCAGCUUUUGCAGCCUGGAGAACUGCAAGAAGGAGUCUCACGCCCGGAACGCCGAUAAGCUGAAUAGCGAGCGCACCCAUGUCAUCAAGGGUGUAUAA